GCAUUCUACAGUAUCGCUCAAGAUACGUCGUACAGGGAUGUACCAAGCCUUUACUGCAAGAUUACGGUCAUUCUUACGACGUCAGGACCUCCGACGGGCCUAAUAAUUCGUUGGAUGGAUGAAGUAAAUGAAGUGGAUCCUGAUCUUGGGGCCAGUCACGAUGAAAGGAUUGUAUGGAGUUAGGGUAGAUAAUCCCUCACACUUAGACCGAUAAUUGCAAAGGACAGCCACAAUACCGCCCUCUAUUCUCUGAUUUUCUGUACUGUCAUUCUGGGCGUCCCCAUUUCCCCCAGUCGAUCCAUAUAAAACCACCCUGGGCCCCCUCAUCCUUUACGCUAUCCUCGAUCUGCUUACCCCAAAAACCCCUCCGACAUUUCUUCCACCACUCUGAUUCUCAGCAAUCCCUCUUUCUUGAUUCCAGCAACCAUCAUAAUGCUCGGCAACGGCCUCUUCAACUGGUUCUCCUUCAAGCAGGAGCCCACCAACGGCGCAAGCUGGGACGCGACAACUGCCUCCGUUCAGAACCACCAGCCCACCAGCCCCGAGGCGCCCUCCACCGAGCGCGUCGUCACUGAGCAGCCCAACUCCCAGGAGAAUAUGAAGCUCCGUGGCGGUGGCGGUGGUGAUGUCUGCUGCGGCGUCUGCGCCGGUAUCCUUUGCUUCGAGUGCUGUGAGGACUGCUGCUAAGCGGUAGAUAUUGCAUAGUCCUAGUUGCCGUGACUGGAGAAAGCGGAUACGAUGGAGCAUCCCAUGGUCCCGCAUAUUUGAUGAACCGCCAAUGUAAAUAUCCCGGAGGGCGCGAGCUAGAGAUCUGGAGACCAAGGUGCUGAACCGGGCGCAAUUCUGCCCCAGGGCUAUUUGUGCUCCGUCUGUCCCUUUCAAACGCUUUUUGUCCCCCAGAAAAUACCAUUUGCGACCCGAGAUGCCCCGUUAAUGUCAUGGUUUUGCUUUCCUUCUUCUCGUGUUCCUUUGAUAUCCUUGUGCUUUGGCUUUCGAUGCGCAGAUGGCAUAUCUAUCUGGCGCAUCUAUCUGGAGUGGAAGGGGUGUUUUGAAAACACCCUUGAAGUGAUCAAUUCUACUGAAUUCUGGG